CCCACUCUCCCAUUUAAAACCAACCUGCAAUGUGUCAAUCUCUCAUAAACUCUUCCGCGAGUGGAGCAAUAAUUAGUUUUAGACUCACUGUCUAAACAGCAGCCUCUCUCAUUGCACCAUGACUGGCAUCGCUGCUCUGUUUGCUCUCAUUUUAACAUCAUCUCUCCUGAGCUGCUCCGCUGCAGAAACAUCGAUCCUCUGCGCUUGGACUAAAGUUUCAUCCAACCAAGAGGUGCAUUAUGCUUUCCUCCGGCAGGCUGCUUCAUCCAUGCGGCUCUACCACACCACCUGGUCCGGGGAGCGCACUCACCUGCACGGCUGCUCCUGGAGCGACGACCCGGUGGUGAUCCAGAACUACUUCUCUCUGUGCCAAGAGCGCACCGAGGACUUUUCAGAUCAUCCAGAUGAAAGCUUCGAUUUGGGCCCCAUGUUUGAGGCCGAAGAUGUGUGCGUCUCCAUGGCUACUUCACAGCUCGCCGAGCACGCGGAUGGCGCAAGGAAGAGGGCGAUGAGGAGCCUCGAGGGUCGUCAAAGUCGAGAGGAAAGGUCAGAGGUGCAGAGCCAUCAGCGUGUGAAACGAGGUUUCAUUGUACCUGGCACCCUGUGGUGCGGCUCUGGCAACAAGGCGCCGUCAUAUGAAGAUUUGGGUGUUUUUUCAGACACCGACGGCUGCUGCCGUGAUCACGACCAGUGCGAAAACAACAUCUUGUCCUUUCAAAGCAAGUUCGGAGUUUUCAACAGCAACAUCUUCACCAUUUCUCACUGCGACUGUGACAACAAGUUUCGCAAUUGUCUAAAGGCGGCAAAUGACAGCAUAUCUGAUGUGGUGGGAUAUACCUUCUUUAACCUGCUGAAGAUGCACUGCUUUGUGUUUGCCCACCGACCUGAGUGUACAGAGAGGAACUGGUUUGGGAUGUGUAAAGAGACUCAGAUGACUGUGUACGCUGUGGUCCAUGGUCCCACGCUGUACGACAUCGCCAGUCAGACAGAUAACAGCACCAACUUCUUCAUUAACGCCACCAAACCUACGGGAGGCCUGCCGAGCAACAUGUCGGACCUGCACCCGUUCUCCAUCGCUGCUGCAGCAUCCACAGUCCCUAUACCUUCAACUGGCUCUGCCUCCAUCACUCCCGUUACCGUGGUUACCGCCUCCACAGGCACCCGCACUUCAGAGAGGCCGGCACCUGAGCGACGAGACGACCUGCACCCGUUCUCCAUCGCUGCUGCAGCAUCUACCGUCCCUAUACCUUCAACUGGCUCUGCCUCCAUCACUCCCGUUACCGUGGUUACCGCCUCCACAGGCACCCGCACUUCAGAGAGGCCGGCACCUGAGCGACGAGACGACCUGCACCCGUUCUCCAUCGCUGCUGCAGCAUCUACCGUCCCCAUACCUUCAACCGGCUCUGCCUCCAUCACUCCCAUUACCGUGGUUACCGCCUCCACAGGCACCCGCACAUCAGAGGGGCUGGCACCUGAGCGACGAGACGACCUGCAACCGUUCUCCAUCGCUGCUGCAGCAUCCACCGUCCCCAUACCUUCAACCAGCUCUGCCUCCAUCACUCCCGUUACCGUGGUUACCGCCUCCACAGGCACCCGCACUUUAGAGAGACCGGCACCUGAGCGACGAGGCGACAUGGGGAACACUUUACCCACCAAAAACCAAACUCUUUCUGAGCAGGAUGUCACAGACAAUCAGCUGUUAUGUGGUAUGUAUAAGGAUCUUGACGAGUGCAGCAGUAAUAUCCCUCCCCAGCAGCAGAGAUUCGGCCUCCUCAACUCAGAGUCCAGGACGCUGUACCACUGCAACUGUACAACCAGAUUCUUCCAGACUUUGGCUAAACAGAGACAACUGACCGAAGUACAAACUCUUCUGCUGGGAUACGUAUCUCAGUCCUGCUUCCUGACACAGGACUGCACAGAAGGCAACAGCUGUUCAGCAGUCGUGGUGAAACUGGAGCUUCCUCAGCUGGACACGGAGGAGCUGCAGCGCCAUCUGCUGGCGUUGAGGCUGAAAGUCAGGAGGCCAACAACAAGUAGAGCGAAGAGGAGAGACCGAGCUAUCAGACUCCAGAGAUUGUGUCUCAGGAUGGUCGAGAAAACUGCAAAUGCUGUAAGAGGAAGGAAGCUCAUCUGAGUGUGAAUAUUAUCCACAUGUUCAACAUGAAAUAUAUAAAGACAUCAUGAAAUACAUAAUCAAAAAUAUAGAUUAGAAACUUGAUCUUGUGAAUCAACCACAAUACAUUUUAAAAAUUCAGCUCAUUGUUAUAAAGUGUUGUUUUUUUCUUCUUUCUUUUCAUAAUUACUAAUCUAAAAAAAAGAAGAAGAAAAAAAGUCUAAUUCCACCAGUCUUUAUUUCAAAAUGUCAGUUUCAUUUUAAAUAAGUGAUUUAAUUUUGGAUUUUGAAAAAAUUGACCAAUUCAACAACUGAGUAUUAACAUGAUGUUAAAAAGACAAAAGCUAAAAUACAGACUUUUGAAAAAGGACAUAAAUAAAUUAAAAUGUAUUGAAAUUAUAUUUUAUAUUAAUGAGCUGACAUUUAAACAUUUGAUGGAUUAUUUCCCAAUUUCAUAUUUAAAUUAUAUGUUUUAAUCUUCAUAAUAAUGUCUUAUUUAAUUAUUUGAUACUGAACACUUUGGUUCUCCUUAAAACAUUGUAGUAUUAUGUAUUUAUAUUGUCUACAUCAUGUAUGUAGUAGAACUCAGUGGAGGUGUCAGUGGGGUUUUUUCGGGGGGAUAAAAGUGAGAAAAGUAAAAUAAACCAUUUUCACAGCUGACAUUUUGAGGGGUCACAGUAGGAACAGCACAGGUGUAAAUAAUAAUAUGAAUAACGACCUGAUUAUUCAUUCACUGGAAUCACUUACUGGACACUUAAUACUCUUUAUGCAGAAGUGUCCAAACUAUUCCUUAAAGGGUUCAUGUGGUUUUCAUUAUAUUUAAUCAACUGAUCUCAGUCUUAGACAGUUGAUUGGUUGAAUCCUUUGCUCUUGAUUGGUUGGAACAAAAACCUGCAGACACACGUCCUUUUAUCAAUCAAUCUCAAUCAAUCUUUAUUUGUAUAGCGCCAAAUCACAACAUAGUCAACUCAAGGCACUUUACACAAAGAGCAGGUCUAAACCGUACUCUUUAGGUUUAAUUCUAAAGAGACCCAAAGAGUUUGGACACGCCUGCUUUAAGGCAUAUUAGUGACUUAAAUAUCCCAACAAAUAUUGGAUCGGCUGCCAUGAAAUUUCCUACAAACAUUCAUGGUUCCCAGAGGAUGAAUCCUACUGACUCUGAAAAUGCCCAAACUGUGUCUCAUGGCCACCGUGAGGUUGACAUUUGAGGUUUUAAGUCAAAUGUCUUGAUAACUACUGAAUGGACAACCAUGAAAUCUGGUUCAGACGUUCAUGUCCCUCUCAGGAUUAGCUGAAACAACUCAUGUGAUCUCCUGAUUUUGCAUAUAGCCAUAUUUGUACGAUACUUUCAUUUAUGACCAAAUAGCUGAAAACUAAAACAUUUUCAGUAGCACACAGUACUUUGUUUUUCACUAGCAAGGACCACACCAACAACAAGAUGCACUUUAACGAUUUAUUAAGAAAAAACGAUUGAUGAGCAUGGUUCCUCCAAUUUCUGACUGCGUUUUGGGGAGUCUUAUCCCCCCUCAGGACCCUAUGAAGAAGAGGAAGAAAUAGGAAGAGAGAAAUGGGGUGAGAGGGAAAGGUGUAGAAUACUGGAGCACAAAGGGAGGAGAGGGCCAAGUGGUAUUUAUAAGAAUGGCCAGAGGUGGAGCAGUCUUGAUGUGAUCCUGCUCCUUUUCAUAGUUACUUUUUGUAAUCUUUUAAUAUAGGUAGAGGCCCUGUAUAAGCCCUUUUGGGUUUCUUGCUGCUACCUUGCACCUUUCUUUUGUUGUUAUUUCUUUAUCUUUUUCUUUUUGUCUUAUUAUUGUACAAAAUAAAAAACUUCAAACUUCAAACUCCUUAAACUACGCUAAAUAAGCUGCACUAGUGCUAAAUAGAAAACACGCCAAUGUUGUGUUCAUGUCACAUUGGAGUUAUCGUAAUUAUGAGAUUCCAACUUGUAAAUAGUGUUCAUGUCAAAAGCCAAGACAAUGAUUGAUUGAAAUUUGAUUACGAAACGCAAACUCAGAUUUUUCUUCCGUCCGUUCCAUAGCCUUGGUUCGUAAUGUUGUUGAGGUUUUUCCACGUGUUUUUUUGUCUCGACCAUGUACAGAUGUAUUUGAGAAGAUGACACUUUGAGUUAAGAGUGAGAAAAAGUAGUGAAACUCUGCUACUGUGUCAUGGUCUCUCGAGGGGGCAGUUUCCUGAAGUCAACCAAUCAGAACAGAGUGGGCUCAUUGGGAUGGGG